AAGAUGGUGCUUCGAGGAGGAAAGGUUGCACACCUGCCUCGAGGGAUGAGGGAGCUUGUUGAGGGCUUUGCAUGAAGAGGCAGAGAGUAGAGUACAGCCAAGGAUGACUUGCCGACAUUGCCUCGAGAAAAAAGAGUGCCUCACCUGCAAGUUGCCGGCAAGUUUGUCCUUGGCUACAUUUGGCUCUCUUCUUCUCAUGUAAUGCUCUUGCAGGAAUCAGGCCAUGAACACCAAGCAAGCGAUUAACACUCUCUGCAUGACACUGGAGCGCAACGUGAGACCCGUCCGGUGGAGCCACGUUCGAAUCCAAUAACAGCGCAGGUAAACAGUCGGGUAGACGAAGAAAUUUGCAUUCAUCGAAUGGGGGAAGAUUGCGUAGGAUUGAAGCUCGAGAUUGCGCGGCAUCUCAAUAAAUUUGGGAAGCGUUAAAGAUUACCAUGGGAUUCCAAUUUGAACUCAUCUUUGAUGCCUGAGGCUCCCCCUCCGUCGUUCUAGGGUUUCCUCCGUCGGAGAGUGCUCUCCAUCUCCCUUCUUUGGUCCAUGGAGUCCCUCUGCAGCUCUGCUGUCACCCUCGGGCGGAUUGAAGCCCCUGUUGUUCGCCGACCAAAGUGCUCAUCCCUAGUCAAAGCCUCAACUUUCCGAUUCUGGCGCGGUAACUGCCCAGAAAAGCUCGCUUCUUUGGCACUUUCGGGCCCUCCGCGGAGCCCUCAGAGUCGCGGGGAAAGGUGGCGGGUCCUCGCACACGGAGCCUCCGGAAUUGGCGGGGAAAACAGUGGGGCUUUGACAAAUGGAUUUAGUGUCUUGAUCGACGGUGACCCCGCAUCGAUUCAGAAUGACAUAAUUCAAAAUGGUGGCCAUGAGGAUUGCAUGAGUGGAAAUAUGGAAAUGGUAACACCUGUUACUGCUGGAAGUGUAACAACUGGAUCCAAAGCUGGACUCUUCAGGACACCGAUUUCUGGUGGUGUUCAAAGUGCAUUGGCUGUCAAUAACUUACCUCACCCAGCCUUAGCUGUUCACAAUUUAAUGCAGCAGGCCAAGUAUGGUCAACUAUGCACUAUAGUGUCCCGGAUGCAUAAUCGCCGUGAAGGCUACCCAUUUGGUUCGUUGGUAGAUUUUGCACCUGAUCCAAUGGGGCAUCCCAUUUUUUCACUCUCUCCACUAGCAAUCCAUACAAGGAAUCUCUUGGUGAAUUCAAAAUGUUCGCUUGUUGUGCAGAUACCUGGAUGGACGUCACUAUCAAAUGCACGUGCGACGAUAUUUGGUGAUGUCUUCCCUCUUGCAGCUGAUCAGCAGGAAUGGGCUUGUCAGCAAUUUGCGGCAAAACACCAGCAGUGGGCAUCCAAACAAUUGGGCAACUUAUACUAUUACAGGAUGCAGAACAUUAGUGGCAUCUAUUUCAUUGGAGGAUUUGGAACUGUUGCAUGGGUAGAUGUUAAGGAAUAUGAGGCCUCAAAACCUGAUAAAAUUGCUGCUGACAGUGGAGAACAAAAUUUGAAGGAACUUAAUGCAAUCUUCUCAAAAUCACUCAAAGAUAGCUUAUCAACAGAAGCUGAGAUAGAUGAUGCUGCUUUUAUUUCCAUAGACAGUAAAGGCACUGAUAUUCGGGUUCGGCAAGGUGCACAGUUUAACGUUCAAAGGAUAUCAUUUGAAGUUGAACAUGAUGUGCAGACACUGGAUGAUGCGAAAGCAGCUCUUGAGAAGAUAAUAAAUAGGUAUAGCAGGUCAAAAUCACAAACUGGGAGUUGAAUUAGUCUUACCUUAGUACAAGUAUCCCAGUGAUGAUUUCAGAGACCAGCAGAUACGAGAGGUUUUGCAAGAGACUCUCUUGAUGGUAGCUCUCUGAUAAAUGAGCUUAUUCUCCAUCUUUCUCCCCCUUAUUUUGAAUCUUCCAUGGUAUCUUUACAUAAUUGCAGACAAAAAUAGGCUUACUCUGCUCAAGUCCAAGUGAUGUAUUGUCUUUAUGAAUUUGAACUGACAAGAGAUUAUGUUGCAAUUUUCAAGCAUAAUCUUAUAAUUUUUCUCUUUUCCAAAACUGUAUUAUUGUGCUA